AAAAAAAUUUUUCCCAGUUUUGACGUGUUAUUUUUCACGAUUUUACACUGCUGGAUUUGUUUCCUAGAAAAACAUUGAAAUCGUUGCUUCGUAGCUUCAUCUUUGCUCGAUCCUAAGGUAUAUUUUUGGUGGACAUGACAACAGCUAUCAGGGAGUUGAGUUCGCUGGAAGAGUGGAAAUCUGAAUGGGAUAUCCUGUCCGGUGAAAUCAAAUCAUUCAAACAAACAAAAUUGGCUGAGUAUAAUGAUAUUAUGGCACAAUGGCAGAAUGCUCAAGCAAAUUGCUCAAAAGUAAUUACGUUGCAAAAGAAGAAAGUGGAAGCCUUUAAAGAUUCAUUGAAAAGGGUGUCAAAAUUUUGCAAUGAAGAUGAAACGAUUCAAGGACUUUAUAAGAAUAUCGAGGAGAAUGAAAAGCAGAUUCAGGAGAUGAGUAAAAAUCUUCCUGUGAACAUAGGAUUGUUCCUGAGGUGUUGUCUGGGAGAUAUUGACCUAUCAUUGUACAAGAGGAAACUCCAGUACAAGAACAAAUAUGAGAAGUUCAAGAUGAUUAUGACCCUAAUAUCAUUCUUUUUCUCCAUUCUAAAUUUGCUUGUUUUCAACCACAGAUUCACAGAUGCUCUCUUCCAUGCAGUCCUCCUGUGGUACUACAGUUCACUAACACUGCAGGAGCAUAUUCUUCUUGUUAAUGGUUCGAGGAUAAAAAAUUGGUGGAUUCUGCACCAUUAUCUAUCGAUUCUGCUUUCUGGAUUUUUGCUGAUAUGGCCAGACGGUUUGAUUUAUGAAAUGUAUAGAAACCAGUUCAUAUACUUUAGUAUUUAUUUAAGUUUCGUUCAAUUCCUGCAGUACAAUUACCAGAAACGAGUCCUUUACAGAUUGAGAGCUUUGGGUGCCAGUCGAACGAUGGACGUUACUGUUGAGGGUGUCGACACGAAGCGAUCCACUGGACUUGGAUUUAUUGUUCCGUUUUUAUGCGUUGGUUAUUUUCUACAGUUUUAUAAUGCUUUCAUUCUAUAUCGACUAUCACGACACCCCAAGUGCGAUUUAUGGCAGGUGCCAUGCUGUGCCGUGCUUUUCCUGGUCCUGGGCGCUGGAAAUCUCAUAACCUUAAUUUAUGUCAUCAAACAAAAAGCGAAAGUGCAUCUAAAAUCAACAUAAUUCACGUAGAAUUUAUGCAACGGAAUUUCAGAAAACAUGACGUGAACUAGCUCUUCAGAAAACUUUCAAUUUCUUCGCGUCCCAAAAUUUUAUAAAAAAUUUCUAUGACCCAACGUAGCGAUUCGACGUCAACCUUCUUCAAUUGAAUAAUAUAUUUUAAAUAAUAUAUAAAAUCCUUCUUUCAAUAGUUUGUAAUCAUUGACCAUGCAGCCAUAUAUGCCUCCC